GUAUUUCCAAAGCACCUCUCCUAUUCUCAGUCCCUCUCUCUUUCACUAACUAAAUUCAAGUAAUUAGACUCUGAAAAACCAAUGCCUGCUUCCUCUCUUCUCUUUCCCUUGUUAUAUAUAUUAGCCUCAAUCUCAAUUACAAAUGGGGCUCAACUCAUUCUAGUAAACAACUGCAAUGAAAGCAUAUGGCCUGGUAUACUUGGAGGUGCAGGCCUAGCCACCCCCCAAAGCGGCGGUUUCCAUCUUGGAAGUGGUGAGGAAGUGGUUCUUGAUGUGCCUGAAAAAUGGUCAGGAAGGAUAUGGGGAAGGCAGGGUUGCUCCUUUGACAGUAAUGGAAAGGGUAACUGUGAAACCGGUGACUGUUUUGGCCAAUUGCAUUGCCAAGGAAAAGGUGGUAUUCCCCCAGCAACUGUGGUCGAAAUGACACUUGGAACAUCAAAUUCACCCCUCCAUUUCUAUGACGUGAGCUUGGUCGAUGGCUUCAAUUUGCCAGUGUCCAUGAAACCUGUUGGGGGUGGAAUAGGUUGUGGUGUUGCUUCGUGUGAAGUUGACUUGAACAUUUGCUGCCCAUCAGCUUUGGAAGUGAGGAGAGGAGGCAAGGUCGUGGGGUGUAAAAGUGCCUGCUUGGCUAUGCAAUCUGCCAAGUAUUGCUGCACUGGAAACUAUGCAAACCCAAACACUUGCAAGCCAACUCUUUUUGCUCAUCUGUUUAAGGCUAUAUGCCCCAAGGCUUAUAGCUAUGCUUUUGAUGACUCUUCAAGCCUUAACAGAUGCAGGGCUUCACGAGCAAUUGCACAAUGUUGUUAACCUUGGAAUCCGAAGCACAAAGUUACAAAACAUCCAAUAAGAGAUAAACUAAAUCUCUUCUGCAUUUCAGUCAAGGCUAAGCAGAAAGGAAGAUCCAAUAGUUCUACAACCAAGGAAUAUUCCACAAUAUGUAUCACCACCUUAACAGCAUUAAUCAGAUAGCAUUUGGAGUACUGGUCUAUAAGACUCUGGGUGCUAUAGAUACGGUUUUACAGUGAAAAAUCAGAGAAGAAAACAUGGUUUCAAAUCCUGAUCAUGUCACAUUAGCAGAAGGGGAGGUUGCACCAAGUUUUGCCUCAUCUCUGCCAGUACCAAAUGUUCAAGAAACAGUGAGAGAUGAUCCUUUGCUGGUCCCAGAAAGAUACCUAAGGAAUAAAGAAGACGUGCCAAAGAUUGCAGAUACAUGUCAUGAUAUUGCUUCUGAGAUUCCUAUCAUUGAUUUUUCUCUGCUUUUAAAACAGCACAAAGAGGAGCUUAACAAGCUGGACAUGGCUUGCAAAGAAUGGGGAGUCUUUCAGGUAAAUCAUGAAUCUGAACCUUAGAUAGACUAUAGUCUUUGUAUAAAUCUAGGCUUUGUACUGUAAAGCAA